ACAAAUUGACAUUCGAGCAAUGUAGCCAGUGUGCAACUAUAAACAAUAGUUUCAUUAUCACAGGAAACGUUAUCUGUGGCUUAAACAGACAAAAUACACCCGACUAACUCCACCUAACCCAUGAAAUACUAAGUGCCUCUAAAGUGUUGCGUGAUUUAGCUAUAUUUACUUUUUUAAUCUGAGCAGCUGGUCUGGAGGGCAGAGUGUUUGGAAAGUGCUGCUCCGAUUGGGGUGCUCGACAGGGGGAAGAGAGAUGGCGUGCUUGUUGGAGGCCCCUCUCCGCAUCAGCGUGCUAUCUGAGGUCACGGCCACCAGUCGCCAUUAUGUUGACAGGCUUUUUGACCCUGACCCGCAGAAAGUGCUGCAGGGAGUCAUUGACAUGAAGAAUGCUGUCAUCGGAAACAACAAACAGAAAGCCAACCUGAUUGUCCUGGGAGCUGUGCCCAGGUUACUGUAUCUGCUCCAGCAGGGCUCGUCCAGCUCAGAGCUGAGGGCAGAGUGUGCGGUGGUGCUGGGCAGUCUGGCCAUGGGCACUGAGAACAACAUCAAGUCCCUGGUUGACUGUCACAUCAUCCCUGCCCUACUGCAAGGUCUCCUAUGUUCAGACCUGAUCUUCAUCGAGGCUUGUCUACGCUGCCUCAGGACAGUCUUCAUCAGUCCAGUCACCCCAGUGCAGCUGCUCUACACUGACCCCACUGUGAUCCCCCACCUCAUGUCCCUGCUGAGUCGGUCACAGCGGACGCAGGAGUACAUCACCCAGAUCUUCUCCCACUGCUGCAAGACUCCGGAGCACCAGACGGUUCUGUUUAACCACGGGGCCAUCCAGAACAUUGCUCCUCUUCUCAUCUCUCCCUCCUAUAAGGUACGGAUGCAGGCAUUAAAAUGCUUCUCGGUCCUGGCCUAUGAGAACACUCAGGUCUCCAUGACACUGGUGAAUGUGCUGGUGGAUGAGGAGCUGCUCUCUCAGGUAUUUGUCAGAAUGAUGCAAAGGGAUCAGCCCAUUGACAUGCAGCUCACAGCAGCCAAGUGUCUAACAUACAUGUGUCGAGCAGGAGCCAUUAGGACAGAUGACAGCUGCAUCGUUUUAAAGACCCUGCCGUGCCUGGUGAGGAUGUGCAGUAAGGAGCGUCUGUUGGAGGAGCGUGUGGAGGGGGCAGAGACCCUGGCCUACCUGAUGGAGCCUGAUGUGGAGCUGCAGAGGAUCGCCAGUGUAACCGACCACCUAGUGGCCAUGCUGGCUGACUACUUCAAAUACCCCAGCUCUGUCAGCGCCAUCACUGACAUCAAGAGGUUGGAUCACGACCUGAAGCAUGCUCACGAGCUGAGACAAGCUGCCUUUAAACUGUACGCCUCACUGGGCUCCAACGACGAAGAUAUCCGCAAGAAGAUCACAGAGACAGAGAACAUGAUGGACAGGAUAGUGAGUGGUCUGUCAGAAUCCAGCGUCAAGGUGCGGCUUGCUGCCGUCAGGUGUCUUCACAGUCUGUCCCGGUCAGUCCAGCAGUUGAGGACUAGUUUUCAUGACCACGCCGUAUGGAAGCCGCUUAUGAAGUUGUUACAGAACGCUCCAGACGAGGUGUUGGUUAUGGCCUCUUCUACACUAUGCAACCUGCUACUGGAGUUUUCACCCAGCAAAGAGCCCAUCUUGGAGUCAGGGGUGAUAGAGUUACUAUGCAGUCUGACCCAGAGUGAUAGUCCAGCCCUGAGGGUCAACGGCAUCUGGGCUCUAAUGAACAUGGCAUUCCAGGCGGACCAGAAGGUGAAGGGGGAGAUUGUGAGAGCGUUGGGAACAGAGCAGCUCUUCCGUCUGCUUUCUGACCCUGACUCUAACGUCCUGAUGAAGACCCUGGGCCUGCUACGGAACCUGCUCUCCACACGACCCCACAUAGACCAGGUCAUGAGUUCUCAUGGGAAGCAGAUCAUGCAGGCAGUCACUCUAAUCCUCGAGGGAGAACACAGCAUCGAGGUCAAGGAACAGACACUCUGUAUCCUAGCCAACAUUGCCGAUGGCAACACAGCCAAGGAACUCAUCAUGACCAAUGACGACAUCCUCCAGAAAAUCAAAUAUUACAUGGCUCACUCUAAUGUGAAGCUCCAGCUGGCGGCCACCUUCUGUAUCUCCAACCUGAUCUGGAACGAGGAGGACGGUGAGGCCAACGCCAUGACAGGUUCCCAGGAGCGUCAGGACAAGCUGAGGGAGUUGGGCUUUGUAGACAUCCUGCACAAACUCACCCAGGCCUCAGACCCCAACCUCUGUGACAGGGCGAAGACAGCAAUGCAGCAGUAUCUGGCGUGACCCUACGAGAGCAGUCUCCGAUGUCGUUGCCCCUAACAACACAACUAACAAUCCAAUGGCCUGCCAGGAGGAGACCUGCCUGCCUGCUGCCAUUGUUUUGUUUUCUUCUCCUUCAGUUUAAUCUUAGUUUUGUUGCACAAAGACAUCUUUGAGCUGCAGCGGCGGACGCCCCCCUUCCACCCCAUCACCCCCAACCCAAACCUGACCCCCAUCCCACCUGGAGACAAGGUUGGAGGGGGAACUGGGAAACGCUUUCUGCAUAGCAACGGUUACUGGAGGGGGGGGGUCAUUCAAAGGUUUUUGCCUUUUUAUUUUUUUAUGCAAAGAUGGAUGUGAAUGAAGAAGGGUUAGUAGAGUGCAGUACAGUAGCCAGCCAGUGCAGCACAGCGCCACCAUGUGGCCAGGAGGCUUUGGUGCUUUUGGACUCCUAAUGAGGAGACUGAACAUAAAGAUGUCUCAGAGGGACGGAGAGCUGGACUAAAGGCUCUGACGAAGAGGGCAGGGUUGUGGGAGCAUCGCUUCAUCCUGGUUUUAUUUAGCUAAUUAAUUAUUCAUUAUUAUUAUUAUUAUUAUUAUUAAAGAGGGGCUUUAUGUCACGAGAUAGGUUGCGUUUGGAAAAAGACUGCUCAAUUUGUACUUUUUUGUGUUUUUUUUUGUGGAUACAUACCUCGUAAAUAUAUAUAAACAUAUAAAUAUAUUUUUUAGAUUAUAAUUUCCCCCCUCUGUUUCUGUUUCUCUGUGUCUGAUCCCGGGUUCCUUGUACAGUAGGGUGUGAACAGAAUAUCAAUGGGAGGAUGAUGUGGUCAAUAGAACGAAGUUUGAAGGUUGACUGGAAAUAUGGGCUGCUUGCACAGACCCAGAUUAAGUUUAGUCCUGGACUAAAAAGCACUUUCAAUGGAGAAUCUCCAUUGAGCAUAAUUUUUAAAUCCAGUACUAGAUUUAGGGCUCUAUUCAAUCUGUGUUGUGGAAGUUCAGUGUUAUAGCGUGAUUGAAAUUUCAAGGCAAUGGUCCUGCGUUAGUGUAAACGCUGCAUAUGUCGGUUCAACCGGAAUUUACCUUUACAUUUCGAUCGCGCAAUUUGUAACGAUUCAGAGAUACAGAUUUAAUUGGGCCCUUAAUCUUUAUCUGGUAAACCGGCCCAUAGCAUGUCACUAUGUAUGACCCUGACUCUCUCUAGUCUUAUCUUUCAGGAGGCACUAAGAUGGAUCCAUGAAAUAGGAUAAAAUGCUAAAUGUCCUUUACCUGUAGCCAUUUGGUUCCCCCUAGAAUCUUCUAGAUCUUUCCUCUCCCUGACAUUUCCAUUCUUACAGAAGCUCUGACAGAAUGAAUGCUACCAUUUGAAAUAUAUGCAGACCUGAAAGAUGGACUUGAUCAUUGAGUACUGUCUUUUUUUUGUCUGCGGGCACCGGGUGGAGGGAAGUGGAGAACACUUAAUUGUCAAUGUGAGGCAUGUGAACAGGUGAAGGAAACAAGGCACAAGUGUAACAUAACUGAAUACAUGCAUCAAUUAAAGGUCCACUGGUUAUAAGAGCAUUACCAUGGUUGUUCAACAUAUUAAAAUGACUGAGGAAGUGAUCCCACUGGCGCUGGACAUCAUGUCAUCCCUGACAAUGAUUCGGAUCCAAAGCAUCACAGAAGCCUGGAUCUUAUAAAACAACACUUUGUUUAUUCUUGUAUAAUGUAUUUCUGGUGAAGUUGGUGACAUUUAAUAAUAAAAUACAUCUGAAGCCUC